AGAACCCUGAUUUUGCUACCUGGAGACCUUCAAAAGAGACCUGGCUCAUAAGCACCGUACCUGCAGCAGGAUGUUUGUGGUCCUAUGCAUGUGCUCAUGCAUGUUUACAUUUUACAUCAAUGCUCGGUCUGCAGUUUUGUUGUUUCUGAGUCUAUAACUGUUAACCCAGGGUGACCAUACCUCCUCUUACCCGGACAUGUCCUCUUUUUUGUCCGGGGGAGUUUAUAAAAUCCUUCAAAUGUCUGGAGUUUUGUAUGCAUGUUUUGAGUUUGUGUUGUGGAGACUUACUGAGUUAGAAGCGCAUCAAAAUUAACUACAUGUGACUCCGCCCCUGCGUAGUUGUGUCCUCUUUUUGGGGAUUCAGACUAUGGUCACCUUUGCUAACCUUUUCUUCUUUUGUUCAUGCAGCUCGCCUUCUUCUUCUUCUUCUGUUAUAAUGCCACUAGUAUAGAGCUUUCAGACAUGCUACUGCCACCACCUGACAAAUGCACCGCACUACAACCAGGUGCCUGUGAAAUAGACGUGACGUGUGCCACCUCAGGUAAAAAAAGAAACUACCUUUCAAGGUUUUCCUCGUGGAAAUGGUUUUUAAAAAUGAGGAUCUAUGAGUUUAUAUUCAGGGGGAUAGAAAGACAGAUCUAUAUUCAUACAUCUAUACUCACUCUCGUUACCUAGUCAGGCAUGAAAGAUUAAAGUGAAGCUGAAGCUGGAGAUUCAGUCCCGGCGAACACACCCACCCUCAUGAAAUCAACCCCACACAUUCACUCCGAACUCACUGUACAGCUUUUUAAUUCACCUGCCAAUACACACGUGCACAUUGGGAGUAAUUACCGGAAAGUCUGAACACGUACUGUCAAUGCUGACACCUACAGUAAUUUACACCUGCCUGCACACGUUAAUCUUCGCUGCAAACACUGACCCUGGUUAGCAGAGUGUAGCCUCCUGCUAGCAUUAGUAUCAAACCAGUGGUCCAUAUAAGAGUGAGGAGGUUUGAAUACACCAGAAUAUUCUCCUCUGUUGGAUGAUAUGCAAGCAUGCAGAAAAUAAUAUGAUGAAUAAGAAAGCGUUAUCCUGCAGGGUUUAGUCUUGUAAGGUGAAAAGCUAGUAAAGAUGCAACGGGCAGCUUUAGUGUACAACAUCCCCCAAAUGAACCCUGCAGAUAAAAAUGCAUUAUGGGAAAAAGAUAUGGUGCAGUUGUUCAAUUAACCUCCAUCCUUUGAUACAAUAUCUCAACAUGCUCGGCUUUAACUAUCUGCAAAGCAGGACCCCCGGAGACGUGCGGACGACAGAGGAGAGACAAAUCCGAAAAGAUGAAAGACAUUUUCUUUUGUUUUCUCAGACAAAGAAGCCAAGCUGAAACGCUGUGACACCAGAGGGCCGUGCGAGUGUAAUUUAUCAGCUUCUGAAGGCCACUGCAGACACAUUUACUCAGUGUGUCAUGAAGAAACAUAUUUCUCCCCUGCCUGUGGAAUCACCUCGUAUCAGAGCCUCUCCUCUGUAACCGAGAGUUUCUCUCAGCAGAGUAAUAACACUCCGUCCCUGAAUGCCACACCGUCUCCGAUCAGAGAAUUUCUCAAUGUUAAAUUCCAUUAUAGAUGACCAGCGUGUGCAGAAAAGUGAACAAAAUGAGUGAAAAUCCCUGACUGUAAUCUGUGAUUAAGAAGAAAUGACUUAGAGUUAUUACGUUUCUUAUUUUGCAAAAAUAGAGACGAGCUGCUUUUCAGUCAGAACAAGAAAAUGAUUUGAUGGUUUCUCAUUUCCAGCUGUUCAAACACGAGAGACGUCUUUCCUCUGCUGUUGAUGGUCUUUUGUUUGCGUGAAACAGCAGCUGUUGAUAACUCUGCUUUACAAACCCUUUAUGGCAAU